AUGAAUUGCGUAAGCUUAUCUUAACUCAAAUCAUUAAAUUGGCUCAUCACUACAUACAUACAUACAUACGUAUUUAUUUGUUUUUUGAUUAAUCAUUCCCUUGACAUCAAUAUUCUUCGAACCAUCUAACCAUUAAUUUGAAAGAAGAUUAAAGUAUAGUUUAGUAAUUUUUUUUAAAUUAGUAGAAAACUUUUGGGUAGAUGGUAACAUUUUAAAUAUUUAGAUGCCUAUUGCUUUCUUAAAAUUGGUUAAUUUUCUCUAUUUAUAAGUAAACGAUAAUACCCAAAUACCCAUCCACUUCUUGGAGAACUAUCUACAUAUUCACUCUAUUCGCAGAAUUCCCUUUUGUAUUUGAAUACGGAAACAGACAAAAUUGCUCGAUUUUAUCUCAAACUUUACAUAUGUAGACAAGUUUAAUGACUUCUUCGAAAGAGCAAUAUUUCAUUUCAAGGAUAUUGCCAUUAACGCAUCAAAGUCCUGCAGUUUCUUUGUUCCAUACCUAUUUAGUUGAAAAUAUCUAGCCCAUAAAUUAAUUUCUGAAAUGAAGUUUCCGUGAUAAGUACAUACAUAUAUAUAUAUCUUCUAGUUCGAGAUUUUAUUUUAGUGUGAUCGUAAAUUUUUACCGUUAACUCCAUCAAUUACCACGCCAUAAAGAAGAAUUCAGGUCACUUUACUUGUUCCUGGUCCCAAAAAUUUUAAGAAAAUUUUCGAUCUGCAACUACGCAAAAAUCCAAGGAAAUUAAAAAUAAGAUUUUUAAUUUUUAUAUAUUCGUUACCACGUAAAAAUUUAAGCCUGUACGUAUCUUCCGAGGAAAUUACUUAACUUUUCUUACAAUGAAGGGCUACCCUGUUCAGAAAACGGUACAAAAGGCAGACAAACCUGGUCACAAGAUUACCCUACAAAAUUCCUGUCCAUACCACGAUUUUUCCAGUGAAGCCCAAGUACUCAAAAUUUACCAACACAUUUUCUCCAAUCGGUACCACUUCCGGUAUAAGUUGCCCAUCGAGUGGUCUAAAAGCCAAUGCCGUGUAGUAAAAGUUGUCCGUACAAGGAAGCUAUUUCGAGUUUUGGAUUACGUCCCGCUCCUACUUGGCGGUCUGGCCACGUUUGGAGGCUGGUUAGGAGCGGCCGCAAUUUAUGAUGCAUUUCCUGGCAAGAGGUUGGACACCCUGACCAGAUUACGUCUUCAGGGUUGUGUCGCCAUCGCAAUUAUGGGAAAGUACGUGAUCGCGGAACAUUUCCUAAUUUGCGUCAAGUAUGAGGACGAAGUGUAUAACGGGAUAAACAUGCUCCUUCAACUUUACAAGGAACAAAAGGCACGUGAUUACGGAGACAAAGACGAAGAAAACUUGAAGAUUCCAAGGGACCCCGUCUGCAUCGUUAUGAAGUUCUUCAUGCUGAUUUCUCACUAUUUCUUACCGAUCGGACUACUCGUAUAUCUCGUCAUGGAGAUGGAUCCGCCAAUCCACAUCCUCUACCUGGUUCAUAGAAAGGUCCCGUUCCUCCAUAAAGUCACAAGCUUAUUCAUUAACCAAUUCAUUUUCCGCAUAAUCUCCUUCUUUAAUCGGUACAUUAUAUGCUUGCUAAUUUCGCUGGAAAUUGCGCGAGGAAUUUGUUUCUCUUGCUAUGUGAUUAUUUUUGGGGGAAGAAUGUUCAAUGCGGUGCAAGGUAUUAUUUCUCGAACGGUACAAUUUGCAAGGAUGGAUUCUAUAAGAGGGUACAGACAGAUUCGCCUUAUUCUCGCGGUCGUCCGACCCGCGCAAAGUCAAGGCUGCGCCGUGGGUACCUUCAUCCUCACGGUGUUCUCCAUCUUGUUGAAGUACAUCUUUAUCGUCACGCUACGAACGGGUGGACCAUUUUACGCGCUGCGAUUCCUCACCUGGGUAACUAUAAGUGUGGACGCCACGCUAUUUCAAGCUCUCAGAGUGGGUGGGAAAUUCGGAACUGGGGCUGCCUUACUGUUAGCAAAAUUCAAGAAGACUGCGUCACACAUCGUGAGAGACAGAUCCUCGCUAAAACUUUUUCGCAAAGAGUUUGCAACCGUUCAAGUAACCGGGAUGCCCUUGGCGGUUGGCCAAUUCACCUUGUGCUACACAAGUCCCGCUGUUACUAUGGCGAUCGCAGGGUUUAUUCUGGACCAAACGGUCAAUCUUAUAAUGUCUGUGUAGCUAGAAAAAUAUUUGUUACAGAUGGGAAUUUUGGUGUUAUAUAACAGUCAUUUGCAUAAAUAUUUUAUUAGAUAUUUAAGAUUUAUUAUAUUUCAAGAGGCGAAUGAGAUUUACAAAAUGCCCGGCUCACUGAAACAAUUUCGCUAUUUUGGUUCAUAUUUUAUACUUAAAAUUAGUUCUAAUUAUGUACUUACUGUCUGGCCAGUUUGCAUUAUUUGUACUUUGAAAAUUUUAAUAUUUUAGGGGCCAUUCAUCAAUUACAUGUAACGCGAGUGGGGGAGAGGGGUGGGGGGUGAGGUCUAGAAAAUCGCGAUUUUUGCAUUACACAAUUUAUGAACGGCCCCGUAUAACGGAAAUGAACAUAAACAUUUUAUCAAAUUCGUCAUAAAUGUAUAUGUAUGUAUCUAAAAACGUCAUAAAUAUAUUUUUAAAUACAGUAUUAAACAUUGAGCUAAAGUUAAAUAAUUUCAGUAUUUUUGUAUGUAAUUAUUUGCGUACAUGCAAGCUAUUUAUGUACAUAAAUAGUUCCGUAAAAUUAGAGGUUAAGAUUCUAACUUUAAUUUACCGUCUUUUAAAUAGUCAACCACUAAUCGGAACAAAUGAAUUGCGUAAGCUAAUCUUAACUCAAAUCAUUAAAUUGGCUCAUCGC